GAGUCACGUGAAGGAAAUGAACUGAACACUACCGCAGUCAACUAACGUGUUACAUGUUAGUAGCUUCUAUAAUACUCUUACUUGCAAAAAUAUUUUAUAGCGUAACAUAAGCAGACAUUAUAUCACCAAUUUUGAUAUUUUAAAACGACACGCGAGACAUAAAGGGUUAUGCAAAGGAAAAGAAGCAGCUAGUAAGCAAGAGUAAGAACAAUUACAAUUGCCAUGAAGGGACUUUACUGCAAACCAGGUGGAGACCAGGGUGAUGUGAAGUUUGUCAUACAGGAGACGAAUGCACCCACUAACAUUGGCAGCCAUCAGGUCAAAGUUCAAGUAAAAAUAUGUGCACUUAGUCCGGUUGAUUUUCAGAUGUACGAGGACCUCAGGCUUGAGAGCGAGCAUAUCCAAGUUGGAAGGGAGAUCACUGGGGUUGUUCUACAAGUUGGACCCAAAGUGACGUUUUUCCAGCCAGAUGACGAGGUUGUUGGAAUUCUCCCUCUGGAUGCUGAGCAGUCUGGCCUUUGUUCUGUAGUGCUUAUUGAUGAAUAUAAUUUAGUUCCAAAGCCUGAGAAAGUGAGCUGGUUUGAAGCAGCAGCGGUCAUUAAAGACGGUCUCAGGGCGUACACUGCUCUCCAUACUCUGGCUCGGAUGGCUGUGGGUCAGACUGUUCUAGUGCUGGAUGGGGCUGGUCCCUUUGGAGUUCUGGCCAUUCAGCUCGCCCACUAUCACGGUGUGAAAGUCUUGGCCACAGCUUUGUCUCCGGACGACCAGAAGUUUCUGGAAGAGCUCCGACCGAGUGUGGGUGUGCAGGAAUCACUUUUGGCUCGAGUGAUCAGGGUGUGGGACUCAAAGGAGAACUUGGUGGACUCGUGCCUUGAAGAAACUGGAGGUCUUGGAGUGGACAUCAUCAUUGAUUCAGGAGUGGGACUCUAUGAGGAGGAGACAGAAACUCAGAGGCAUCGCCCACAUAAACACGACCUCCUUACCAUUCUUUCAGUUGGAGGUCAUUGGGUCACCACAGAACAACACUUACAGCUGGAUCCUCCUGACAGCCACAUUCUCUUCCUGAAGGCAGCGUCUCUCUCGUUCCUUAAUGAUGAGGUGUGGACAGCAUCCCGUGCCAAGCAGGGCCGAUAUCUUCAUAUCUUGAAAGAUGUGAUGGAUAAACUAAGCACAGGCACUUUCAGGCCGCUGUUGGAGCAACCUGUGCCUUUAUAUGAAGCCACGGUCUCCAUGGAGAUGGUGCAGAGAAAGCAAACAAGGAAGAGAAUAGUUGUAAAGCUUUGAUUUGUUUUUCCAUAAUUCUGUAAAUUGUAGUCAUUGUUAUUAAUCUCAUGUUGUCAGUUGCACUUUUAAUUAUAAAGACAUUAAAAUUCAUUAAAUGGAAAUCAAGCUCCUCUUUUUUUUACAAAACAAUAGAUCACAAAGCAAAAUAUAUAUAAAAAAAACAUUUGAAAUUGGUAUUUCGUGAAAUAUUUUGGCUAGGAACUUUGGCCUAGAUGCGAAUCUCCCCUUCUCAAGCAUUCCCAAUGGAUUAUUAACGCCACCAUCUGAUCCCAUUUCUCUUGCCCAUUAAUAUGGGCAGCUUUGUGUGGAAAAGGACAGAUAACACUGACCUAGAUUCCGGCAUCAUUGUUCAGAGGUAUGCAUUUGAUUAUCAGUGGUCUUCUAUCAAAAACUCAGCAUGCAGCUCAUUUGCUUUCAAUAGAAGAUUGGUAUUUGUUAAGAUCUCAUUGUCCUAAACGUCCCCUUGUCUUCCUGUCCACCAUUAUUAUCAAAAUUGACGCACGGGAAAAAGUUCCCCUAAAAAGUUGUACUCCCUAGAUGUUACUAAAAUGUUCACGCAGAUCAUUUCCAUGCAGUGAAGAUUAAGAUGAUUACAAUGGUGGAAAAGAGCGGCAUGAACAUUCUUAAAAACGUUUCCUUUCGA